UAAAGGGCCCGGUCAAAGUAAGUAAAAUAAUGUGUGAUUUAUAAUCAGGACUUUGUUGCAGAUCCUACGUAUCUUUAGCUACAAGUUCUGCUUUUUCAAUUAUCUGCACCUCAAAGUUCUUAUCUCGCCAGAUUAAUCUCAAAGCGAAUUCGUACGCAAAUAUAACGGCGUUCUCCCAGUAAUUGCAGUCCUAGGGUGAUUCGUGCACAUGACCUCCAGUUUCAGGUUUUUACAUUUGCAACCGUGGCCCAAUUAUCAAUUUGAUUUAGGCCUGGUGUGAUGUUGAUACAUCUAGUGGGGGAUUCUUGUUGAUUGGUGUCAAAGAUACACCUGAAACCUGGGCUAUCCCUUCCAAUUCCUCCCUUGUUCACCCUCACAGUCUGGCGAGGUGGUCGAGUGCAUUUGGUGAGAAGAAUAUGUUGGAUUUUCGUGUACAGAUUUCAACGAGUAAAGAUUUUCAUGAUACCCGAGCACACUGGUAUGUGACAUGUUGUUGCUUAUUGUUGUUGUUUGUUGUUGCUGUUGUUGCCGUUGCCGUUGUUGCCGCUGUUGUUAUUGUUGCUGCUGUUGUUGUCGCUGUUUUGAUUGUUGUUGUCUUGAAUCAAACACAGCGUAAUUACUCCACUUUAGGUAUUAUCGUUUUAAAUCCCCACGCAUUCUUUCAAAAUUACUGAUGUCCGAUGAAGGAGGAUGCAGUCAUCGAUACCCAGGGAUUGGGAACAUUGCCUACGUUAAAGAUCUUAUGACUGGAAAGAUGGCAACAACGACGUUUAAUUGUUCGCGAUUUGGAGCUUCAAUUGCACCUGGACUGGGAUGGGUAUGUCACCCUAUCCUACUUUUAAUAGCUUUGAUCCACAAGAUUUUAAUUUAUGUACCUUGCAGAGUACUUCAUCUUCCAUCAUUCUUAUUCAAUCAGGAGAAAAUGAACAGAUGUUUCAAAGAAUCAUGCCCAAUUGGUUUUGCAUAUCUUCCUGGUUAUCAUAUCGACACAUCAGGCUCGUACAGGUAAUUAUUAUGUUAUGGUUUGAAUUAGAAAAUACAAACAUUUUCACAUACCGUCAUGCUGUUUUCCUUCAUGUAGCUACAGUGUCAUGUCGGGACGUUCAGGCAUACAGGACAGUCAAACAUCAUUCGUUGGAUGUGAUCAUGGAAAGGUAAAGUACAUCUAAAAUAUAAACGAGGAAACAUUUGAUUUGGGCGACAGAAUUGUAUUGGAUAUUGGCAAACGUUUGGUCCCUUGAUCAUAUGAUUAAAAGUGAUUCAAUCUAAAUUCAGUGGUAAAUUAUCAACCUUAAUAAUUUCAAUUUGCGAGCAAGACAAAAUUUCAUCAUUAGUCUCAGUUUUUAAACGUUUUAUAUCAAAUACAACAUUGCAUUCAGUCAGUUUAUUUACAGGCCAUUCGACUAGGCCUUGUCCGCCAUUUUUGGGUGUUAAACCGCAGAAACGUUUUUCGUGUCUCCUAAUGGUCCAUAAUAAAAUAUUUCCCGAUUCGGCAAAAACCUACAAUCAUGGCAAAAACCUACAAUCAUGGCCAAAUGUUGUGGAACGUAAAGUGCGAUUUCGUGUUUUUACCCUUGAAUAAAAAAAAAACCCUUCCCCCCAGUCAAUGUUGUUUGGGAUUGUUUUCUGCUCGGAAUAAGCAUCACACAAUCUGAUUUAUUAACGCUAGGAUCAACAUUGGAAAGGGGGGCCGGGGGAGUUCCUUUUUCGUGAAGUCUAUGACAAUAUUAUAACUCGCGCGCCUUUACCUUUUAAUUAGCUUGCGUUCCACAAACAUUUGGCUAUGAUUGUAGCUAUAUAAUGCGAUGUUACGAUUUUACAGUGCUGUGCAUGUUUUGGUCCUGACAGUAAGCAGGAUUACUGCGCACCAAAAUGUCACGCAAUCAAUGGGGGAACUGUUUUAAGAGAAAAGGACAAUAUCACAGUUUGGUUUUGGAUCCGUUCAUCUUUACCAAAACGUGUUUGGAAAAAAUGCAUGGAGUUUAAAGAAAAGAACGAUGCUGGAAAAAUAGAAACAUGGCGUGUCGAGAAUGGAAUAAGGAGAAAGGUAUGGUAGAACGUUCAGUCAGGAAGAAGUUAUUUCACUGACCUCAAAAUGAUAUUUCGUCAAAAAUUUUUUCUUCAAGAUUGGUUUAGAAACAAACUUGGAGUAGAAUUAGGUUAGUGUUAGGAUUAUGGUUUGGGUUAAAGUUCGUGUUUGGAAAAGAGCUAGUGUUGGUAAAACUGUUGCUUUGCGACGUUUUGUCACCCUGAGGCCAGCGAAAUAACCUGUUCCCGUCACGUCAGUCAUGGCGGCCAUUGACGUCCAAUAGCUCUGAAGGUCGUAAACAGCUUUUUUCCCAUUCCGCCCCGGCUAAUUCCAGUUUUUUCUAACGAAACGUAUCGCUAACCAAGUUAUCAGUUCAUAAACCCAUAGUGUUAGUAUUUAAAUCGAUGUCAAAAUACGAAAUUUUGGCACACUCCUUGCCAAGAUGGAGGAAAUUGAAGGAGCUGUUGGACGUCAGUUCCAGUCCCUUUCUAUUGUUUUUGUUUGCGCGGUUAACGUUUUGGACUCAAGUCCUCGCUCCAGAUGUAUAUGGAGCUCAUUGGAGUGUGCUAAUCGUCCUUACUUGCAGCUGAGAGCUAAGCUGCAAGACGAGGGAUGCAGCUCAGCCUGAUCGACUCAAAGGCUUUCUAAGGGCGCCUCUGGUAGCCACCUUAUGACUCAAGUCUGAUAAUAUGGGGCACAGCUACGGUGGAAGGGUCAGUUCAGGGUCAAGGGUCAGUUUAGGGUCAAGGGUCAGUUUAGGGUCAAGGGUCAGUUUAGGGUCAAGGGUCAGUUUAGGGUCAAGGGUCAGUUUAGGGUCAAGGGUCAGUUUAGGGUCAAGGGUCAGUUUAGGGUCAAGGGUCAGUUUAGGGUUGAGUAAGGGUCAGUUCUACAUGUUUUAAAAUACAGUUUAAGAAUUAAGACAACGUAUAUAUUCAACAGACUGGUGCAAGAUCUGAAUUGUUCAUAUGCAUGUAUUACUUAUUUAGGGUCCAUGUUCAGUUCCUGAAGAUGUCACAAUUAAUGAUGGGGUAAGCUAGAAACUAUGGUCAUUAAUUAAGUUUUUUAGGUACUAUAUCAAAUUAUUUCCCCUGCUUAGCAGAAAAUCUGAGCCAAAGUGCAUUUUUCCUGUGCUUAGAAUAAUUCUUCUUGUGGUAUCACAACAUCAAACAACAUCACAGCACGGUUUUGUUGAUUUUUUGCAGGUUGCAGUAGUCCCCAACAAUCAAUCAAUGAACAAACUUCCAAAGGUGGAAGGUCUUCUUUCCUAUCAAUCUGAUAAGAAGAAGCUGUAUAUCAAAGAAAAAUCUCAGUGGACAGCAUUGGCAAAUCAGAACGAAGUACGUUGUACCUCCGUUUUACUGCGGAUAUUAGUUUUCAAAAUAUAAACGUAAAAUUUCCUUCCCCCGCCUCAACUCCUCGACAUUUUAAAACUGCCAGCUGCGCAGACAGGCAUUUACUCGGCGUACUUGAUUUGUGGAAUAUAAUAGCUAAAAUACGACAAACAAUACUGAGUCUUUUAAGUUUUUAACACACUGAAAGACUGGAUGGCACAAUGGUUAUCAUAGUGUGCAAAGAAUUAUGCACGCAAAGGGCUCAUUAGGAGAAAAAUGCAUGGCGACAACGCCUGAUGAGGAAGGGAGGAUCCAGCUUUUUUCACAAGAAUCGUGCAUUAGGUGAUGCAUGAAGUCGAAAGUACGUCAGUUCGUUGGGAUCACCAAUUGGUCGGCGAUUUUAAGCAGUAAAUGAAAGCGUUAUCAACCAACAUAGCUACAGGAUAAUUACGCCUCGCAAUUAAGAAUUGAAUUUCACGAUUAAACUAAUCUUAUCUUUUUCAUAAAAAGAUUAAAGAUGUCAUUGGAAAGCUUGACAGUUUCAAGCAAGAAAUCAACAAUAAACUUACAACGGUAAAUAGUAAAAGGUAAAAUGAGGGUAUUACUUACGUAAAAUAAAAUAAAAUAUUAAUAAGAAGAAUUUUAAUAUAUCUGUGCACGUUGAAGUACCCCCGCUAAUCUCAAUAUAAAAUUCUAGCUUAUGUAUAGUCGCUUUGAAACUUGUUGAUUUUACAGUGAAAAAAAGAUUAAAGAUGUCACUGGUAAAUUUGACAAUAAACUUACAACGGUGAAUAAAGGUAAUAUAAUAUAGAAUAUAAUAUAGAAUUCUGACAAAUAUUGGCAGGCUUUAUUUAGAUGCGCUACCUAUUUCGCAGGCUAUAUCAAUAUUAGUUCAUUGGCUAAUGUUAUACUCCUAAUGUUACAUCUUUUUGUUUUUCAUCAAAGACGUCAAAGACAACAAAGCGCUGAUACAGAAAUGGAUGACUCGAAGGUAAAAUGAGAGUAUUAUAUAAUGGUGUUCUUCUGCACUCUGUUUGUAGUCAUGUGUUAUGUGUAUGUACAUUUUGCGCAGUGAAGACAAAGUAUUUUUGACAUUACGUGAUUAUGAAGCAAUCAUGUAAUAAUGGCAAUCAAAACACUCAACUCAAAACACUCAACUGCAUGCACUGUUGAAAUAUUCAUCACGCAAACUAAUUUCAAAAGAUUUUUGAACGUUGAAGUAGGCUUUGGCCUGUUUAGUAUAUACGUCGAAUUUUGGUCGCGUCCGAAUGCAAUUUAGACAAUAGAUAAUGAAGCUUAAUGAGGUUUAUCAUCUCAUUAUCUAUUGUCUUAAUUGCAUUCAACGCGCGACCAAAAUUCGACGUAUAAAACAGGCGUAAGUCGUCUGAAUAAAAACUGUAGGUCAUACGUAGCGUCUACGCUUUGAAAUUUAUUGAAUUUGUAGUGAAAAAAAGAUAAACGAUGUGAGUGGGAAGCUUAAUAGUUUUAAGCAAGAAAUCAACAAUAAACUUACGACGGUGAAUAAAGGUAAUAAAGAACUGAAAAUUAAUAUAAUAAAGAAUUAUGAAAAUUAUUAGUAAGUUUUAUUUAGAUGCUUUAUGUCGAUGUUUUAUUUUAUAUUUUCUAUUAGUUUAUGGGCUAAUACCACUCUUUCCCUUUUUAAACUAUGUUAAAGUGCUGACACACAAAUCAUGCAAACAAAUAUGGAUGAGUCGAAGGUAAAAUGAGGGUACUUAAUGGUUUUCUUUACUUUGCCAUUGUUCUAUCUUUUUUCAUGUUUGUGCAAACAUGAUAAAGUAAUUAUCAACUGGUAUAAUUUCAUCGAAAUUGCUCAUCCCGCGUUCUCAAUUAAUCGCACUCUUGGAAUAUUCUUAACCGCACUAUUUUCAAAAGAUUUGUACAAGCUAGUCAUCUCAAAAUACAAAAAUCGUCGCUCAUUAUAGACGCUUUGAGUUUCCAGCGAGUUUUCUACAUAAGUUAUGUAAACCAAAAAUUAAAUGCAGAAUAUUUCGUUUAUCUUACAGAAACAAUGGAGAUGGUGUUUACAGAAUCAGUGUUAAGAACAGUCAAGUUAUGGACGUGUACUGUCAAAUGACUAACGUCUCAGGUUGCAAAGGUGGUGGUUGGACAAUGGUGAUGAAGAUUAACGGAAGUUUGGUAAGCCAAAACGAGACCACAGAAUAAGUCAUACAGUAACCAGACUUCUUGGUUUUUCCUAUGAUUUUCCUAUGAUUUUGGCGUAACCGUAAUUCGUCAUCAAAAUGCUGACGCCAUGGUCCUAGCCAGUGCGCGUUUGAGAGGCAUUCCCCCCUUGAUAAUAGUGAGCUUAACCAAGUGACGUUUUUGACAACACGGACGUCGAUCGGAAGUAAAAUUGACGUUUUGCACCAAUCACAGCCCUUGACCCAGUCUUUUGACGUUACUCAUGCCGUUCGUGUUGUCAAAAACAUCACUUGCUUAAGCUCACUAUUAUUCAAAAUGGCGGACGUCCAGGAGGGGGAAUGCCUCUCAAACGCGCACUGGCUAGGACCAUGGCGUCAGCAUUUUGAUGAUGAAUCAUGGCGUGGCAGCAGUUACUCGAGUCGACCUUCUGUGUAUCUUUAUUCUGUGACGAGGCUCUAUGGCCAAGAUGACGUCUUUCCAGAAGGGUGUAAAGGACGAGGUUUCGGGUGAAGGUUGGGACUAAAUGUAACUUUGGGAUUGGGGUCAUGUUUAGGAAUAAGUUCGAGGAUUAGGAAUCAGAUUUAGGAUUAGGCUGAGAUGAAAGACUAAAGUCAAUCUGACUAAAUCUUAGUAUUUGUUUUUUUAGAGUACUUUCAAAUACACUUCCUCCUAUUGGACGAACAAAGUCAUUUACCAUGACUAUGCCUAUGGGCGAAACGGCGGUUUAGACAACCGACAAUUUAAAGGAUCGACUUAUUGGAGAACCUCAUUUAAAGAAAUUUGUGUUGGUAUGAAAUAUGGUAGUCGUUUAAGAGCCUUCUCUUUCUCGUAUCCGGCAUCAUCUCUGCAUAGCUUGAUCGCAGACGGAAACUAUCGACAAACUCGCCUUGGUCGCGCGCAGUGGAAAUCAUUGAUCAGUGGAUCAUCCUUACAGCGCAACUGCAACCAAGAGGGAUUUAACGUGGACCGAUUAACCAAGUCCCUAAUUGUAAAAGUUCGGUUGGGCAUUAUUGCAAACAAGGAAAAUGGUUGUGCUUCACCAGACUCUUUCGUAGGCCUGGGAGCUGAAGGUGGUGUGAAUUAUCCCAAGGGCUGGACAUGGUGCAGGUCUUCAUAUACAUCUGCUAACGCCGCGGGUAAUCUUGCCCAGUGUGGUGCAGACAACGGAAACAAGAAUGCCAGAGCCAUGGCAUACAUAUUGGUUCGUUAA